ACGACUCCAUUAGGAGCCCAGUCAUACGGUCCUUCUCCGAGUGUAACUGCAAUCCAAGAUUCUUUUCCCAUCUAAAGGAAUUAUAAGUGUCUCUCUGGGCUUUUGGCAGACCUGUUCAGCAUGAGUGGUUACCCAAGGCGCAACAAUCACGAUGGCUCUGAUAGCUACAUCGUGAACCACCAGCUUGCCUUACCUGUUCCAUACAGUCACGGGGACAGUCACGACUUUGGGGUAAAUGAUACAGGAUCGUAUCCUUUCCAGCAGCAACCAUUCAGUACUUAUGCGUCACAUUUUGGUUCACCCUAUAGUCAUUCUGGCAUCACAUCCAGCACGCACCAUCUGUCACCACAUCAGUCACCGGGCCAUUCGGUCCCGUCAACUCCAGAUCAUGUACCUCUUCAGCAUCAUAUCCAGUAUAUGCCACAGUCACGUUACCUCCAGUCACCAGGGUUUCUCCCGCUUCGUGAUGCAUUCAGCGAAGCAGAUAUUGAAAGCCAGGAUUCGCAGAAUGAAAGUUCUAUGCUAUCAGAGCCAGUCAUCCCUCCACUGGACGGCUUUCCUAAUGUAAGGGAGUUUGAUCAGUUGAUGAAAAGCUAUGUCGACGACCUUUCCGUCAAAAAGCAGGAUAAGGCUUUAAUCCACGCCAAAAGAGCACGGAACAUCAAGACUGUACUGAUGGACCCCAAAGACACGGCUGUGGAAUCAGCCCAAUUCCGAUUCUGGGUAAAGAAAAUGUUCAAGCUCCAAACAGUCGGCACCGGCACAUCAGAUGUUCGUCUACAAUCCAAACUAUUUAGGACCUUGGGUGCUAACCUUGAGUGUGAUUUUCAAGUGCACGAAAAUGAUUUGCCAUGA